ACCGAUUAACAUACAACCAUAAAACAAGCCAUAAAUCAUACACCUUCACAAUCUUUACACCACCACUUUGAAACCCUCAAAUUCAUUCUCAACCUCUUUUUCUUAUAAGUACUACUAUACUCACCUCAAACAAACAUUAUUUUUCUUAGCUAGUCAAACUAUAAUAUAACUCCAUACAAAAAUCAUGGCUUCCCAAAUCCUUAACCUAAAAAAGUUAAAGCUACUCUUGAUCAUUGCAACACUAUGCAUAGGCAUAAUGAAACCUUCAAUGGUAACGGCGUCGUUGACACAACAAUGUGGUGGCGCUAUUCAGCAGUUGAUAAGCUGCUUAAACUACGCGAAAGGCGGUACUUCGGAGCCUACGAAAGAGUGUUGCACAUCGGUGAGUAGUAUGAAGGAGAAGCAGCCAGUGUGCUUGUGCUUCUUUAUAGGACAAGCACAUAAUGGUACUGAUCAAAUUAAGAGUCUUGGGAUUCAAGAAGGAAAACUCUUGGAACUUCCUUCUGCUUGUCAUCUUGCUAAUGCUAGUGCUUCCAAUUGCCCUAAGCUUCUUGGAAUAUCUCCGAGCUCUCCGGCAGCUUCCAUUUUCUUGAAAAACGGGACAUCCUCACCGCCCGGAACACCCUCGUCUUCAUCGUCAUCAACAGGCAUUUUACAAGGGAGUAAUGCAAGUGGAAUUAAGCAUGGUAAUGGUGUAUUGAGCAGCUUUCUCGUGGCGGUCAUCGUGUCUGCUAUUCUCUGCACUCUACCUAUGCCGAUUUUGGUGUAAAAGCUCUUGUUUUUCUUGUACUCUAAGUAUGAUCAUGAGUUAAAAAAGAGAUAGUGAGAGAUAAUUCCCCCAAAAAAAAGAAAUUCUCACUCAAAUUGUUGUAGUUUCGGAGGUUUACUGUUGUUUUAAAAUUUCAAGUACUUUUUCUGGUAGGAACUCGGUAUAUUUCUAGUCAUUGAUAUUGUAAUUUGAACUAUUCAAAAUUCCACUACUAGUAAUGCCAAUUUAUUCCCUUACCGCAUUA